AUGAUGAACGACAAACCUUCUACUUUCGAUAGCAUAAUGACACCCCUGGAUUUGUCAACCAAGAAAGUUACUCAAAAAGAAUUGACAAACAUUUCGGAAACAACUCGCGAUGAUAAAUAUUACGUCGGUUCUAGAAUGACGUUUGCAAACCCAUGGAGUAAAGACCUCGCAGUAUGGAAUGCGAAAAACAUGCAACACGCCGUGAAUUACCAAUCACCAUUGAAAGUCAACGCGGUAUCGAGGGAGCACACAGCGAUCGCGCCGACGAGCAACGCUGCUGUUGCAAACAAUGGCGUUAAUGUAAAAGAACCGGGCAACGCAUCCGAGAGUAAGGGGGGAAUUGAAACUGUCCAACGACGCGAGGAAGACAUUGGAAAGUGUAGUCUAAGUUCGCAAGUACCACCCUCGCCCUUGAACCAAACAAUUCGAAACGCAAUCACCGAGGAGGAAAAUGACAUGUCUGCCGAGGCGACUGAAAUUCGCAGCAGAUCAGAAAUAGAUACUACAAGUCCUCACUGGCGACAGUUCAAAUUUUCUGCAAACCACAGCGAGGUGAGCAAAAAGAGGAAGAGAAAAGCAAAAACCUGGCAAGUGCCUGUUGGCCACGGAACAGUAGCGUUAUUGGCUAGAGACAUAUUAACGAACGAUCAACAUCAUCAUUUAUCUGGAGCUGCUGAAUGGCCGGUCGACAACCUCAGAAGUCGCGGAGUACACGGAUAUAGUUAUCUUACGGAACAGGAAGAGUCGGUUGUUUACAAUCCAAAGAAAAUAUUGCUAAAGCGUAAUUCUUUGGAGGAAGAAUGCUCUUCGAACAACAAACGUGUCCAACUAUCGCCAGCAGCGGUAGCCAAUGAUAUCUCGGAACAGAAACACGAAGAUGUACUACGAGCACUCCUCCGUGAGUCCAAUAAUCGAGCUUAUAACACAGAUAAUCUCCGAUCGAUGCCAACUGUUGUUUCACACGUUGGCCAGAACGGUAUUAACAAAUUACAAUCGCCGGAGGCCCAACUACACGGCACAACAAACACACGUACCAAUGUGGCGCCUGUAACCACGGUACCCAACGCACCAACAGAGAUUCGACCUAAAAAAGACGAGCUACUCAAACGAAAGCCCGUAGUCACAGGGCCUUUUUCGCGAGAAGAAAUUCAAUCAACGCCAGUUAUAUAUGCGCCCACCAAUUCUACGCCGCGCUUGACCCCGACACCUCUGCCGCGAACAAGUUACCAAAUAACAACAAUCGCACCAGACGAAAUCAACAAUUACAAGGGAAUAUUACAGCGAGAAGAAGCAACUUUGAUCCCCGUUUAUUUGGAUGAAAAACAAGAGAAAACCUCCAUGCUAAUAUCGAGAGAUGGUAGCUGCACCGAACUGCGAGCAGUUGUGAUCGGCAGAGCGCCCUCUACUGAAGCAGAUAUUAAAGUGGUCCCUCGCGCGGCGAUUGUUGACACCAUAGGGACACGGGUUCCCGUGCAUCAGUCAUGCACAAGUGUGACACGAAGUGGCCAGGCGAAUGUACAGUCACCAAUAACUUUGUCGCUAUGUGGCAAUAAUACAAUUACAUCAGGAAAACGCCCGACGAUGUCGGAACCAAUUCCCCAAAAUAUGUACAAUGAGUCAGAUCGUGGCAAAGUCCCGCGUGAACAUGAUAAACACUCGAGAAAAUUACAUGACCGACAUCUUGGUGCGUACCAAGAAAGUUACAGCGCAUGUGGAAUGCAGGCAUUGGGACGAAUACAUCAUAAUACCGACACUCAACAUCAAAACGCAGUGCAAGUGAACAUUGAAACAAGUUCACCAUCCCAAACUAUUUUUAGUGAUAAUAAAUUAGACCUUAACGACAUUCACAACAAACACCACUCAUUGUCAUACUGUCGCGAUGUUAGGCAAACUGGUAUGUCUAAAUUAACAAGAGUUGACAAUGCCCAAUCCUCAGAUAUCUCACGCAAUAUUCUGGAACAGUUAAAUCAGCUGAGCGUCUCCAAGCUCCUGGAGAUACAAAAGAGCUGGACCGAUAAACCAAACAGCGACAAUAUGAAGAAAUCGAAUGAUCCACGAGAACAGAGCGGGGAGCGCUGGAAGAAAUGUAAGGAUUCUUGCAGACCUCCUCGAAGCAACCCAAUAUUCAACACCGCCGCGCUGCCAGUAUCGACGCCGACGUUUAUGAAACCUUACGUUUCGAGUCCCAUCAAUGAUGAAUACUCUGAAAAGUCCCUCUCUAUAAAAUUGCCUGAACAAUAUUGUGUGGAAAAAGAAGCCGACUUAUCCGCUAACCGGGACAAGAAAUCAAUAAACCCGGCGCUUCGCGACGCACUGGAUGCUAGGGUAUCAUCUGUGAUAUCAGCCAAUGACAGUUUACUCCAGGCACAUGAAAUCCCAAGGAAACGACCUUGGUCAAAAAAGGACUGGGAAGAGAGACGAAGCUUCCUAGGAAAGAGAGCACGGCGACGAAGGUCAUCAGAGACAAGUCAGUUAUCAUCACCAGGCAUCUUUAGUGGACCUUCAGAUAACGCAGUAGCUUUUCCAUCGACUACCGACGUCAAUGGUAUCACAUACGAUGGAUAUACCACGAAUACGUGCGAUGUCCCAGUUUGUCAAGUAGCAAAGCCGGCUGAAUCAAACACGGCAUCACCCAGUCAAACUCCACUGAGUUCGCCCGUCACCAUGGAAACAACGCCGACACAGACGCGUAACCACACCCCGUCCUAUGAAAACAAUCGCGUACCCUGUGUCCAACCGCCAAAGAAAAAUCUGCUGUGGCGUCAUAAUUCAUACACACAUUCUACUGACAGCGAAAAACAGAAACCAAAAACUGAAAGCGAGGCGACCAGCGUAGCAGAGAGUUCGGAUAGUUCAAAUGAAUCGCAAGAUGUAGCCCCAAGCUUGCCGACAGAUGAUUCCCGAAGCUUGUCACCGCUAACAAAUGAGUCCCGAAAUGUUCCAACGGAAACGAAUCAGACUUUCACUUCGUGGCUCAAGUUCCAGCUGCAGACAAAUACUAACUCGAACAAAAACGAGAAAGAGAAUCCUGCAGAAAACGAACAGACAAAAGAAAACACCGAAAUGAGUGAAACCAGUAGCACAGGGGACUCAUCGCCGGUAGGCGGCGCUAACAUGGCUGGUAUGAUACAGACCAUGAUAGAGGUCAUCAUGGAAACCCACCAACAGUCAAAAAAACUCGUCAACAACAUAUUUCACUCAGAUAAUAAUAACAAUAAUGACGGAAUCGUCACGAAAACGAAAGGUACUACCUGCCAUGAUGGCGUGUCAUACUCUCGUACCAAUGACUCGCCAGUCCGAUUGGCCUUGGAAGCCAACAACGACCACAUUUCAAGAUAG